UUCUUCUCUUCACUUUCAAGAUGUAUAUGGUGCAGAGCAAAGCAGGUGCCAUUGUCUGCAUGUUGCUUGCUCUCUUAUUGCUGGGCACUUUUCCUGCUAUUAUGACCUUUUUGGAGAGAAGAGGUCGGCUUCCUCAGCACACUUUCCUGGAUUUUGCCAUUGCAAAUCUCGUAGCUGGUGUCGUCAUCGCUUUUACCUUUGGUGAGAUCGGUCCCAGCACGCCAGCCAUGCCAAAUUUCAUUCCUCAGCUUUCUCAAGCAAGUACUUUUUGUUCCUACCUCUAGUUCUAUAUUUCUAUAUGGUGGCAUGUUCAUAAUUGUAGAUAUAUCAUAUAUCAAAAGAUGAAUAUUUUGGGGAUAGUGGGAAUACAGUUAUUUUAGAUAAGGUAAUCAACAGAACACAAUCCAUCAGCUGGUUAAGGUCAUUUAAUCAUUUUUGAUAUGUUGUUCUCACCAGGAAUAUUCAAAUGGUUAGACACAUUGUCUUUACAAUUGUUGAUGAAAUUCUUGAGAUCCUUGUGCACUUCAUGCAAGUCUACUUUCAAUUGUGGUGCUUCCUCCCUUUUUUCUCAAGACACUCUCAACUCUUAUGGGACCAAAGCACUUAAAUAGUGACUGAUCCUGCUAUUUCAAGGCAAUAAUUUGCGAACUAAACAAUCUAAUUUUCUUCAUUUUGUAUCUUAUUGUUCUUCUUUUAUGCUACGUAACUCUUCAACCUGAUUUAAAAAUCAUGCUGUACUUGAUUGAUGCAGAUGAACUGGCCCUCUGUUUAGAUAGCAAUGGUUGGUGGGAUAUUCAUCCAUGUUGGGAACCUCGCUAAACAAUAUUCUUGGGCUUUUGUUGGUCUGCCAGUGGCAGAGGUAAUUGCCGCGAGCAUAACUGUUGUAAUAGGCUCAACUUUGAAUUACUUCUUAGACAAUCGGAUCAACAAUGCUCAAAUUCUUUUCCCAGGGGUCGGCUGCUUCCUCAUUGCGGUUUUCCUAGGCACUGCAGUUCACUUCUCCAAUUCAGCCGAUAACAAAGCAAAGCUUCAUCAAAUUUCAGAAGGUUAUAAAGAUGGAGCAGGGACCGUUAAAGAGUUCAAAGAACCUGCACUGAACAACGGGGACAUGGAGAAUGGAAAUGUCGAUGUCAAUAAGCCGAAAGCUGGAAGUGCAGACUUUCUCAUAGAGCUUGAAAACAAAAGAUCAAUCAAGGUCGGUGGUUCCACUACAUUGAACAUUGUUGCUUACCAUAUAAUUUUACAAUUUGGGUCUACAGAUAUUAAUCAUUUAUUUGCAUAUGCAAGUGUGGUUACCCACACAUCUAUAUGUUCUCCUUUUGACAUUAGUGAGACUCUGCUGAUACUGAUAAUAUUCUAAAUGGCAGGUUAUUGGAAAGAGUAUUUUGAUUGGUUAUGGAAUAACUUUCUUUGCUGGAGGUUGCUUAGCACUCUUCUCACCAUUAUUCAAUUUGGCAACAAAUGAUC